AUGACUGAUCAUGUUUUAUCAUUAUCAUCAUCAAUACCAACAUUACUUGAAACAAAAUCCGAUCAUUGCAGACUGCGGAUUCGUUUCAAUCAAUUAUCACGAGAACGUCGAUUAUUAACUUGUCUCCUAAUUCUAUUUGCUAUUAUUAUGUUUGGUCUACUUAUUGGUAUUUUCAUACUAUCAUGGACAUUUCAAGUCGCUCGUUAUGGUGAAUCAUGCGAUUAUAAUAGUGAUUGUGAACAUCCAUUUACAUGUCAUAAAAAAGGAGCAUCAACGCCAGGUAUGUGUCGAUGUCCUUUAAAAUACGAUUUCAUAAAAGAUCAAUGUGUUGGUGAUCUGAAUGCGUUAUGUACAAAAGAUACCGAUUGUCAACAAUAUAUGCUCUGUUCAGGUAUGAAUGAUGGAACACGUCGAUGUCAAUGCCAGCAACAGUUUGAAUACGAUCAAGAUAGACGACGAUGCCGUGGUGAUUAUCAAGCUCCAUGUGAAAGUAAUAUUGAUUGUCGAGCAAAUCUUGUGUGUAAUAAAACAACAACACCAUCCGUUUGUUCAUGCGAAUCACAUUAUCAAUAUCAUCCCUCAGUACGUAAAUGUCGUGGUGAUCCAGGUGCUGUAUGUGAUCGAGCUACAGCUGAAUGCGUUGACAAUGCUGAAUGUCGCGAUGGAGCAUGUGAAUGUUCACAUCAGUUUGUACCUGAUGAAAAUAAAAUAUGUGUUGAUCCAUGUCCAGCACAAGUACCAAAUCCUGCACGAAUUCGUUAUCCGGGUAAUUGUCGACGAUUUAUUGAUUGUCAACAAAAAUCGAAAACUGAAUGUCCAGAAAUGACACUAUUCAAUUUACGCACUCAACUUUGUGACUAUCCUAAAAAUGUGUUUGAUUGUCGAUAA